GUAAGUUCUGUCUAUUCUGUCGUCAUCUAUCAAAUCUUAUUGGAUUGAAUUUCAGUUACCAGCUGAGUGAGAUUUGCGGUUUGGACUUUCACUGUUAUAAACACAGAUUUAUCGUAAAAACUAAAUAUGACUCCUGAGGAAACAGUCGAAAGGUUCAAGCUUCUGGGCUUAAACGAACAAAAAGCGAAGGAAACAUUGAAAAACACCAAUGUUACAAAAUAUUUACUCGCCGCACUCAAUGAGGUGGACGUGGCAAAGUUACCAACAGGUGCUGGUAUGUUGAUAUACCAUCUGGCUACAAAGAUAAAGCCCCAGAUUGCUGCCAAGCUGCCGUUUGUAUGUGGAUUUAUUGCCGAUGGGAAGCUCGACUCCACUGUAAGAGUAGAAGCAGCCAUAGAGUAUUUAAUCACACAUGUCAACGAAGCAAAAGUAGACCGUGAAGCAUUUGAAAAAGCUUGUGGAGUGGGUGUUGUGGUUACACCUGAGCAAGUUGAACAGUCUGUAGAGAAGCAUAUGGCCAAGUAUAAAGCAGAGUUGUUAGAAAAAAGAUACAGAUUUAAUGCUGGCAUUAUAAUGCAAGCAGUGCGAACUGACUUGCCCUGGGCUGACGGGAAGGCUAUCAAAAAUGAAGUAGAUGUCCAGAUUUUAGAUCUGUUGGGUCCAAAAACAGAAGCUGAUUUAGCACCUGUACCAAAGGCUGAAAAGAAACCUAAAGGUGAUGCAGGGAAAAAAGCCAAGAAGCCUAUUGAGGCUGCUGCUGCAGCAGGAGCUAGCAAACCAGCCACGGAAAACGGUGAUGCAUUUGAUGUUGGCGGUGCUUCGUCCAUAUCAGAGUUGAUGAAGAAGUUACCAUUCCAUGCUCCUGGAGAAAACUUUAAGUCUGAUGGCUAUGUGGUUACCAAUGAUACAAAACGCUUGCUAGAAGAGCACCUGAAAAUAACUGGUUGGAAAGUGAGAACUCGAUUCCCCCCAGAGCCCAAUGGUAUCUUGCAUAUUGGACAUGCAAAAGCUAUUAACAUUAACUUUGGGUAUGCUGCGGCUCAUGAUGGGAUCUGCUUCCUGAGGUAUGAUGAUACCAAUCCUGAGAAAGAGGAAGAGAAGUUCUUUGUUGGCAUCAAAGAUAUGGUGGAGUGGUUAGGCUACACACCUUACAAAAUCACUCACUCAUCUGACUAUUUCGACCAGCUGUAUGAGUGGGCAGUGCAACUGAUCAAAAAAGACCUUGCCUAUGUGUGCCACCAGAAGUCCGAAGAAAUCAAAGGUUUUAAUCCUCCACCUUCGCCUUGGAGGAACAGGCCUAAGGAGGAAAGCUUGCAACUAUUUGAGGACAUGAAAAAUGGUAAGAUCGAUGAAGGAGAUGCGACAUUACGUAUGAAGAUUACACUUGAGGAGGGCAAACAGGACCCUGUGGCGUACAGAAUAAGGUUCAAGCCUCACCAUCGCACUGGCAACAAGUGGUGCAUCUACCCUACUUAUGAUUACACUCACUGUCUGUGUGACAGCAUCGAGCACAUCACCCAUUCAUUGUGUACCAAGGAGUUCCAGUCUAGAAGAUCCUCCUACUACUGGUUGUGUAAUGCGCUCGGCAUCUACUGCCCCGUCCAAUGGGAGUACGGCCGUCUCAAUGUCAACUACACUGUAGUGUCCAAGAGGAAAAUCGCUAAACUCAUUGAAGAGAAAAUUGUGAAUGAUUGGGAUGACCCGCGACUGUAUACGCUGACGGCCUUGCGCCGGCGCGGCGUGCCCUCUGAGGCCAUCAACACGUUCUGCGCGGGACUCGGCGUCACCGGCGCCGUCGGUGCCGUGGACCCCGCCAUGUUAGACGCCAGUAUCAGAGACGUACUUAACAAUACAGCUCCCAGAACGAUGGUAACGCUAGAGCCGCUAAAGAUUACAAUAACGAAUUACCCACACGAGGGCUGCUUAGAGAUCCCAGUACCAGACUUCCCAAGCGAACCAAAUAGAGGGCAGCACAAAGUGAAACUUAAUAGAGUCCUUUACAUCGAGGCUUCCGACUUUAAGGAAGUUUUGAAAGUGAACAAGGACAACCGUGGCAGAAUCACCGACUUGGAAUGUUCAGUGGAAAGCAGUGAAACAGCAUCGAAACCUAGAGCUUUCAUUCACUGGGUUUCUGAGCCAGUCUCUAUUGAAGUCAGGCUGUAUGAGUCAUUGUUCCUACACAAGAAUCCAGAGGAUCCAAGUGAGGUGCCUGGUGGUUUCAUCUCCGACUGUCGUAAAGACAGCCUGAGGGUUGUGAAGGCAUAUGCCGACGCUUCCCUCGCCACUGCCAAAGUAUACGACAAGUUCCAAUUCGAAAGGAUUGGAUUCUUCUCAGUAGAUCCUGAUUCAACGAGUAAUUACUUGGUGUUCAACAGAACGGUUUCUCUCAAAGAAGAUACCGGAAAAUAGAAAAAAUAAUUAUUUAUUUCAUUGUAAAACAACAAAUUUAUAUAAUAAAAAUUGGUUUACAUAUUUAUAAA